GUAUUAGUAUUCUGUGGUAAAUAUAAAAAUAAUUUCAGAAAAUUGUAAAGAACAGAAUAAUUUGAAAAAGAUCUUAAUUUGUAAAAGUUUUUACGAAAGUUAAAAGAAUUAUGCCACAUUAUCCAUUUCAGAAUACGAACUGUAAAAACUAUUGAAAAUGAACAAUCAAACAUUUGGUAUUGGAAAAGCAACUAGACGAGGAAUAAGAAAAUGUAAUAAAUGUGGUGUCCUCAAUGGAACCAAAAGUAUGGUUUGUAAAAAUAAAGAAUGCGAUAUGAUAUUUAAAGAUUCUACUGAAAAAAAGAAAUCUAUAUCAGAUGCUAUUCAGUUGAUAACAAUGAAUAUACGUAAACUGUACUCUGUCAGAAUUUCUGAACAAGGUUUAGACAAUAGAGGAUUUGUUCAAUUGCCUUCAAUACACUCUUUGAAUCUGAGUAAUAGCAACCAGUUCAAUGAAGUGGCUCUAUGUUUUGUGGAUAAUUGCCCACGACUACUUCAAAAUUCGUUUUUGUCAAAUGCAUGCCAUUCAUGUGAACAUAUUGCUGCAUCCCUCAAAAGUCAUAGUAUUGCUUCACCAUUGCCAUUAAAGCUAGAUUCAAUUUUAAAGCUCAAAGCUGCAAAGGAAAUUCAAGAAAAAUUAUGGAUGAUAGCAAAUGAAAAUGACAUACCUUUAGUACAGAGAGUUUCUAAAAAUGUCAUGGCAAUAAAAUGUCAGGUUACACCUAAACAUCCACUUGGAUAUCUACAUUUCAUAAUUAGUAGAGACCGUAAUGAUAAAUUUGGUAAAUUUUUUUGCGACUGCUCAGAAAACGUUAAAAUUUAUAAAUGCAUACAUUAUUAUUUGUGUGUAUGUGCUUUGGCAAGUGAUCCUAAAUAUGCUCAAGAAUUCAAAGGCUUCAUUAACAUGGAAUUAGAAGAAGAACGAAUUGCAAGUAAUGUAAACAAUCCAAAACGUGAUCUUGAUUCAGGUAAAAUCCUCACAGCAAAACUUAUUAGAAAAGUCCCUAAUGUUGAAACGGUCAUCAAAAACAGCAGAAGUAAAAAAAAGAAAAAUGAAGGUAACUUCCACCCGAUUAUUCGAAGAAAAAUCUGGCCAAAAAUAUACCCCAUUCAAAUCAACAUAAUGAACGAUACAGAAAGCAAUAAUGAAGAUACAAAUCCUAUAUGGAGGUUUGAUAAUUGGCUGUCUUUUGUUGUGGAGUCAAUGAAUAAGCUUAUGACUUUUGAAAAUGCUGGUAUUUUGAACAAUUUGGUAUAUAAUAUUCCAUGGGAUUUCUAUCGGGCUUUCAGAAGUAAAAUACCUUCAAUGUAUACUGUGGAGGUUCAAUCCCCUUUGAAAUAUGAACUACUGCAUAUUAUGAACAUUAGUCAUGUCAAGGAAAUUUUUCACAGCUCUAAGGUAAAAUUGAAAGUAUCCAAGAGGUUUGUUCUGUCAGAGAAUUCAGUGUAUAUGGAAAUUGACGAGAAUAGAGAAUUAUCAGAGGAAAUCAUGCCACAUUUUAUUUACUUCUUGAAUGUUGGCCAGUUAACAGUGGAUGAUAGUGAUAAUACCAAUAAUUCUUUUACUAUUGAAUGGAUACAUAAUUUUGAUAAUGUCGGAAUUGGACAGCUGAAGUUGCAGUAUAAAUAUGGACGGAAAUGUUUGUAAAAUGAGAUAUAAAAUAAAGAAUAUUUAAUGUUAA